AUGAAUGGUACAUUGAGUGAUCAAUCGAAGCCCAUAAUUUUUUCCAUGGCGAGACUUGAUCGGGUGAAAAACAUCACUGGGCUAGUAGAAUGCUAUGCUAAAAAUAGCAAGCUAAGGGAACUGGCAAACCUUGUCAUUGUGGCAGGUUACAAUGAUGUCAAGAAGUCCAAUGACAGAGAAGAAAUCCAAGAAAUAGAGAAGAUGCAUGAUCUCAUUAUGAAAUACAACCUGCUUGGCCAAUUUCGAUGGAUAGCAGCCCAAACAAAUCGAGUGCGUAAUGGUGAGCUUUACCGCUAUAUGGCUGACAAGAGAGGCGCGUUUGUGCAGCCUGCAUUUUAUGAAGCUUUUGGACUAACAGUGGUGGAGGCCAUGACUUGUGGUCUUCCAACAAUUGCUACUUGUCAUGGUGGUCCUAUGGAGAUUAUUGAAGAUGGUGUAUCAGGAUUCCAUAUUGAUCCGUAUCACCCUGAUAAGGCUGCUGAACUUAUGGCUGAUUUUUUCCAGCGGUGCCAGGAGGAUCCCAGCUACUGGGAGAAAAUCUCCCAAGCAGGGCUUCAAAGGAUCCAGGAAAGGUAUACAUGGCAAAUAUAUUCUGAGAGGCUGAUGACAUUAGCUGGAGUUUAUGGUUUCUGGAAGUAUGUUUCGAAACUUGAGAGGCGUGAAACUCGAAGAUAUCUUGAGAUGUUCUACAUUCUCAAGUUCCGUGAUCUGGUUAAAUCCGUUCCUCUGGCAAUAGAUGCCCAACCAGUGGAUAAAGGAGCUCAAGGAAGUAGUCAGUAA